ACUGAUAAUCAAUAUUCUUGUAGUUAAUUAUAAUCAGUAUAUCUUCAGCUAUAUCAUCAAUGAUUACAGUUUAAAUUCAUUUUAAUGUAAUAAUAUUUCUAAUAAUUGGAAAUUUUUAUCAUUUUCUUUGAAUAUUUUUAUUAAAAUAUUUAGAAUUCUUCAUUAUUUUAUGAAUACUUUGGUUAUUAAAAAUAAAGCGGUCACUUCUAUCACAUUGUAUUCGUUGAUAUAUAUUCACCAAUCAUAAAACGCCGACUGGAGAUAAUCCAAAUAACCUCUUGAAUCUUACACCGGGAUUGAACCUUCCGUGUGUAUGAAGUUUGUAUGCGUGUAUUGGUGUCAGAGAAGUAGCAAUAGUUUCAUGUUUAUCAAAAAUGGUUCAAGUUGUUUCCAAAAAACCAACAUCAAAAAUAAAUAGUAAAACCGGAAUUAGUAGUCUAAUAAUUUUUCUAGUGCUUCUUUUAGCAUGGAUCGCAGGUUUUUCCUCACGCCUAUUUGCCGUCAUUAGAUUCGAAAGUAUUAUUCAUGAAUUCGAUCCUUGGUUUAAUUAUAGAGCGACGGCCUAUAUGGUAAAACAUGGUUUCUAUAAAUUUUUAAAUUGGUUUGAUGAAAGAGCAUGGUAUCCUUUGGGAAGGAUAGUUGGGGGUACUGUUUAUCCUGGAUUAAUGUUGACGUCUGGUAGUAUACACUAUAUACUACAUUUACUUCAUAUAAACGUGCAUAUCCGUGAUAUAUGUGUAUUUUUGGCACCUGUAUUCAGCGGUUUGACAUCAAUAUCAACUUAUUUCCUUACAAAGGAAUUAUGGUCAGCUGGGGCUGGAUUAUUUGCAGCUUGUUUUAUUGCCAUUGUGCCUGGUUAUAUAAGUCGUUCAGUAGCUGGUAGUUAUGACAAUGAAGGAAUAGCUAUUUUCGCCUUACAGUUUACUUAUUAUUUAUGGAUUAAAUCUGUGAAAACAGGCUCCGUAUUCUGGUCUGUAGCUGCAUCACUUUCGUACUUCUACAUGGUUUCAGCAUGGGGAGGCUACGUAUUUAUAAUAAAUUUGAUACCCCUUCAUGUGUUCGUGUUAUUACUAAUGGGAAGAUUUUCAAACAGAUUAUUCACCAGCUAUACGACGUUUUAUAUACUGGGAUUAAUAUUUUCUAUGCAGAUUCCAUUUGUAGGUUUUCAACCUAUUCGUACAAGUGAACAUAUGGCAGCAGGAGGCGUUUUCGCGUUACUAUUUGCCUUGGGUGUGUUGAAAUAUCUACAAUCAAUGAUGUCAAAAUCAGAAUUCAAAUCGUUGAUGGUAUUUGGAGGACUCGCGUCUGCGGCUUUUGUGUUUUUAGGAGUUGUUGUUUUAACGUACACAGGAUACGUUGCUCCAUGGAGUGGAAGAUUUUAUUCAUUGUGGGAUACAGGAUAUGCAAAAAUUCACAUCCCUAUAAUAGCUUCGGUAUCUGAACAUCAACCCACAACGUGGUUUUCCUUUUUUUUCGAUUUGCACAUACUAGUAGUUACAUUUCCAGCUGGGCUUUGGUACACAAUCAAAAAUAUAAAUGAUGAACGAGUAUUCGUUGUUUUAUAUGCAUUGAGUGCAGUAUAUUUCGCUGGAGUAAUGGUACGUUUAAUGUUAACUUUAACUCCGGUUGUAUGUAUAUUGAGCGGUAUAGCAUUUUCUGGAUUAUUGGAACUAUUUCUUAGAGAAGAUGAUAGUAGUAGAAACGACGAAAGUGGAGAAGAAGAACAAAGUUCUCCGAGCAAACGACUUUACGAUAAGGCAGGAAAGGUACCAAAAAUGAAACAUGAACAAUCUAAAGAAGUAGAUACCAUUGGACCAAAUUUGAGAAGUAUAGUAACAGUGGUAAUUUUGUUGUUAUUAAUGUUAUUUGCUGUCCAUUGUACUUGGGUAACCAGUAACGCUUAUUCAAGUCCUAGUAUUGUAUUAGCAUCAUACGGUAGCGAUGGAUCUCGACAGAUAUUGGACGAUUUUAGAGAAGCUUACUUUUGGUUAUCACAAAAUACUGCAGAUGAUGCGAGGGUUAUGAGUUGGUGGGAUUACGGAUACCAAAUAGCAGGAAUGGCUAACCGGACAACUUUAGUUGAUAAUAAUACUUGGAAUAAUAGUCACAUUGCUCUAGUUGGUAAAGCUAUGUCGUCAAACGAAUCUACAGCAUACGAAAUCAUGACUGCUUUAGAUGUCGACUAUGUUUUGGUUAUAUUCGGUGGGGUUAUAGGAUAUUCCGGAGAUGAUAUCAAUAAAUUCUUAUGGAUGGUUCGUAUAGCCGAGGGAGAACACCCCAAAGAUAUAAGGGAAAGUGAUUAUUUUACAGAACACGGUGAAUUCAGGAUUGAUUCUGAAGGUUCUCCUAUACUAUUAAAUUGUCUUAUGUACAAAUUGAGUUAUUAUCGUUUCGGUGAAUUGAAGUUAGAUUACAGAAAUCCUGCAGGAUUCGAUCGUACCAGAAAUGCCGUUAUCGGUAACAAAGAUUUUCAACUUACUUAUUUAGAAGAGGCUUAUACAAGUGAACAUUGGCUAGUGAGAGUUUAUAGGGUUAAAAAACCGGAUGAAUUUAACAGGCCUAGAAUACCGGUAGCAGGUAGAGUCGUUAAGACGAGUAAUUACGUGUCAAAGAAGAAUACGAAAAGGAAGAAGGGCUCCAUAAAAAACAAACCGACCGUAGUGAAAGGAAAAAGAUUUGCAGUGAAACAAUAAGUGUCCAAAAAAUGCACUGAAACUGAUUUAUAUAAAUUAGUUUGUUAUUUUUUUUAUUAUUUCGUUUGAAAAACCAGAAAUCUGCAAAAAUUUUAAUUUGAAUUAUUUUAUUGUUUUUUUUUUUUUCUUUAAAAACUGUUAAAACUCCAAAUGCAUUGAUACAUUUCUAAAUAUUGGUGAAAAUAUUGUAAAAAGUUGAUAAUACACCGACUGUUUUUGAA